AGUCCAACAUUCCUUAAUUUCUACCCUAGUGAGCUGGGAAAUUCCAGUGAGAGCUAUUUCUUCAACGUUUGCCGGGAAAGAACAUGGGAUUUGGGAAAACCCUCUGCCGGCAGUUUAUAAAAAGGACAAUGGAUCCCACUAGUUCUUCACUUUUCACUUUCACUUCAAGUGGAUCUUACUGCCUCUUGACUCCUCACCUCCCCAUCACCUCCCCUCUCGCUACUUAUAUUCACGAUGGCCUUCGCACCAAAAGCCUGCAGUCUUUUCCUGGUGGUUUUGCUGGGAGUUUGUAUACAGCUCAACGGAGCUCAGUACGUUCCAGGUGCCAGAUGCAAAUGCCCAGGAACCAUUAUGCACACUCAGGAAACCAUUGUUGACUUUGAAAUCAUUGAAAAGACCCAUUACUGCGACACCACUGAAAUCAUUGUUACACUGGCGGAAGAUGGAGCCAGAAGGUGCCUGAACCCCGUUGGAAGAAAGGCCAUGUUUUUCGUCAACUGCUGGAACAAAAUAAACAAGGACGACAAGCACAAGAAGAGGUGUCUUAAGAGAAAAGCAGAGUGAACGUAACGGAGGAGGGGAGAAGGGCCAUGGAAAACCCACCAGCUGGAUUUUCCCAGAAGUCAUGUGACCAAACACACACAAGAAGAACGUUGACGCUGCACUUUAGAGAAAGAGAGAGAGAGAGAGAGAGAGAGAGAGAUUUUCUAUUUCCUUUGUGAUUUUGUGUUACAGCACUGUAUACAACUACAAGUAUACAACACUAAUUGUGAGACAUUUAAAGAUAUCAUAAGUUAAAACUUUAUUUAUUUUUCUAUUUGUUAUUUAAAUAUGUGUAUAUUAAUGAACAGAUAAAUAUGACUUUGAAACAAAUGAAAUAAAAAUGUUUUUUAUACAA